AACAGAUGGCGCGAGUGUGGGAAUGAAGCGUGUUCGGGGAAGGAGCUUCCUUGUGAGCGCGCUGGCGGCCAGACGGCGGGAGGGGACCGACUGGGCUCCCUCUGCUCGCGGCAGUGCGUGUGUGCGGUCGCGGAACGAGGGACGCGGGGUCCUCGCGACGGGGACGACGAGGAGCAGCUGCGGAAGGAGCAGGAGCCGGGAGCUCCCGGGCACAGCCCCGCCCGCGCGGCCGCCGGGACGGCGGGGGGCGGGGCCGCGGCUGCCGUGUCGCCCGCCGCGGACGGGGAGGCGGGGCUUGGGCGCGGCGCGGGCGGAGGCUCCGCCCGGGUUGUGCUUCCCGGGAGAGCGGCGGGAACCCGCGCGGGGCACAGUCCACCGAGCCACAGCUGCAGCGUCGGGCCGGGUCGCCGAGCGGGCGACUCUCUUGGUUCUGCAUUGAUGGAUCACUCCUGGUAGGCUUGGGGGACCCUGUCGGCAAUACUGAGGAUCAAACCCAAAUUGGCAGCAUGCAAGGUUUGAAACUGGUCUAACAUGGCUUUCCUUGGACUCUUCUUUUUGCUUGUUCUGCAAAGUGUGACAUCAGGGGCUACUUUUCCUGAUGAAGCUGUUGCUGAUUUUUCAGUGAACAUAUAUAAUCAUCUCCGAGCUAGUGGGAAUGAUGAAAAUAUUCUUUUCUCUCCACUGAGCAUAGCCCUGGCAAUGGGCAUUAUGGAACUAGGGGCCCAAGGAUCUACCCUGAAAGAAAUCCGUCAUUCAAUGGGAUAUGACAGCCUGAAAAAUAAUGAAGAAUUUUCUUUCUUGAAGGAUUUUACUAACACGGCAACUACUGAAGAGAGUCACCAUGUGAUGAAAAUUGCCAAUUCCCUCUUUGUGCAGAAUGGAUUUCAUGUGAAUGAUGAGUUUUUGCAAAUGGUGAAGAAAUACUUUAAUGCAGAAGUAAAUCAUGUGGAUUUCAGUCACAGUAUUGCAGUGGCUAACUAUAUCAAUAAGUGGGUGGAGAAUAAUACAAAUAGUGUAGUGAAAGAUUUGGUAUCUCCAAGGGACUUUGACCCUGUCACUCACCUGGCCCUCAUCAAUGCUGUAUAUUUCAAGGGGAAUUGGAAGUCACAAUUUAGACCUGAAAAUACCAGAACUUUCUCCUUCACUAAAGAUGAUGAGAGUGAAGUCCAAAUUCCAAUGAUGUAUCAACAAGGAGAAUUUUAUUAUGGGGAAUUUAGUGAUGGGUCCAAUGAAGCUGGUGGUAUCUAUCAAGUCCUAGAAAUACCUUAUGAAGGAGAGGAGAUAAGUAUGAUGCUGGUGUUGUCCAGACAGGAAGUUCCACUGGCCACUCUGGAACCAUUGCUUAAAGUGCAACUGAUUGAAGAAUGGGCGAACUCUGUCAAGAAACAAAAAGUGGAAGUGUACCUGCCCAGGUUCACUGUGGAGCAAGAAAUUGAUUUAAAAGAUGUUUUGAAGACUCUUGGAAUAACUGAAGUUUUUAUCAAAAAUGCAAAUUUGACAGCCUUGUCUGAUAGCAAAGAGAUUUUCCUUUCCAAAGCAAUUCACAAGUCUUUCAUCGAGGUUAAUGAAGAAGGCUCAGAAGCUGCUGCCACCUCAGGAAUGAUUGCAAUCAGUAGGAUGGCGGUACUGUACCCUCAAGUUAUUGUCGACCAUCCAUUUUUUUUUCUUAUCAGGAUCAGGAAAACAGGUACAAUUCUAUUCAUGGGGCGAGUCAUGCAUCCUGAGACAAUGAACUCAAGUGGACAUGAUUUUGAGGAACUUUAAAACAUUUCAUUUACUAACAAGAAAGACAACUAAGCACAUUAUGUUUGCAACCAGUAUUUAUUUAAGACUUGUGUUUUACAUUAUAUCUUUAGAUCAUAUUUAAAGUAGCUCCAGAUUUAAAAAAUGUAUGUAAAUGACUAGCUAACUUGUCCUGGAAUGUUAACAGUAUUAUUGAGGUGAUAGUGGUCCUGUUAUGUCAUUGUGUUUGUUGUGCUGAUAUUUAAAAUAAAAGUACAUAUUGAAUACUUAAA